AGUGUUAAGAGGGUUCUCCUUUCUCCAUAUCCUCACCAACAUCUGUCAUUUUAAACAGGAUCCUUCUCACUGCUCUGUCAGGAAGAGUCUGUCAGAGGGACAAGGGUGGCAGCAAGAGGCUGCAGCAGUCAGCCAGGCCAAGACUGGUAAGCCAGGCUUGGGCUGGUAUAUGCUGGAAAUGUGUCAAGAGCUUCAAUUCUGAGUUCUUUGUGAAAUCAGAGUCAAAGGAUUGGCCAAAACGUGGGAUGUGGGGUAUGUGAAAAAGAGCAGUCAAGGAUGACUUUAAGGCUUUUAACCAGAGCAACUGAAGACUAGAAAUGACAUUUUUCCGAGAUGGGGGAAAAUGGAGGAAUUGCUUUUGUUUUUGUCUUAAAGGGGGUUGUUUUAAGAAAUUAUCGGGUCUCGGUUUGGGACGUGUUAAACUGGGGAUGUCUAUUAGACAUCUGAAAGGCAAUGCUGAGUGGCAGGUCUGGGAGUUCAGGAGAGAGAUCCAUCUGGACUGGGGUCAUAAGCUCUACAAACUACACUCUACUCCCUUCGAGUCACUGAAGACACUGAUCCACAUGCAGUUUUGGAAAAUGAGAACUGUAUCCAAAAUACUGGAAAAAGGGGCACCUGGGUGGCUCUGUGGGUUGUGUCUGCCUUCGGCUCAGGUCAUGAUCCCGGGGUUCUGGGAUCGAGUCCCACAUCUGGCUCCCUGCUCAACGGGGAGCCUGCUUCUCUCUCUCUCCGACUCCCCCCUGCUAAAUAAAUAAAUAAAAUCUUUUAAAAAAUAUACUGGAAAAGCAUUAGGAAAGUCAAAUUUAAAAAUUCACCCAUAUCCUGCCACCCUAAAAACAGCUGCUUUCAUUUCUCCACAUUUCCUUCUGUUUUUGCCUACAGGCAUACAUAAUUUUAUGUUGUAAUCAUAACAUAGAUACAAUUUCAUAUUCUACCUUUUUUCACUUAACAUGAUCCCAUAAAUAUUUUCCUAAGAGGCUCCCAUAUGUGUUUCUUGGGGAUUUAAAAGGCCAACAAAAUGCUGGGUAUCACUGGGAAACAUUUCAGAAACAAAAGUCGGAAUCUUACUUUGCUACAAAGUUUGGUGCCCCUACAGCUGACAUUGUGCUCACUGUAAUUUUUGUGGACAGUGAUUGUCUGUAGAGGUGACUUUGAGCCCGGACUUGAAUGAUGAGAGCUGGCCACAUACCCAAUCUGGGGAAGGGCAACCCAGGAAGAGGGAACAGUGUGUGCGAGAAAGAGGGAAUGGCAGGUGUUAGGAGGCAACAGGAAAGCACAUGAUAAGGAGGGUUGCUGGCAUAUUCAACUGACAAAAUCUUUUUAUUUAAACUACCCAGAACAGUGGGUACACCCUUCAUCUGGGAUUCUUUAGAAAGGAACAGAAGCCAUAUGGAAUAAUUUAGAACAUAGUGAACCCUAGUAUGACUAGUAGUUCUUAAAGGUUCUGGGCCUCAGACUAUACACAAACUCUGCAUGGAAUCUGAUUUGUUCAUUCAUCCCAGUCCCUGAGCCAGGACUGGAGUCUGGUCCCUUAAUUUUAUAGAAAAGGCCGAGGGUCCAAAGACAAGUUAAAUGACUUGGGCAAAAUUAUUCAGCUACUUUAUAGGGAGUUUUAACCAGGGUUGAAUUAGCUCUGCCCUCCACAUGGAAGACUCUAAAAAACAAAACAUGAUUCCAUGCACACGACUCUAUCGUUGGCAAAGCCCUUUGUUAGCUGGGAAAUGCCCCCUCACUUCUUGGCUCACCUGCCUAUCAUUUGCAGAGUUAUUUACUCAAAAGCUGGAAAAUUGUUGAGAAAACCAUUCCUCCCUGACUCCUGGCAUGGAAGGCAGGAAGCUGGUUUACGUUUCCUCCUAGGGCCAGCAGGGGGGGCACCAGGCAAGGUUUGUGAGCCGCGCCUCCCCCACGCCUCCUCCCCCUUCCGCGCCCAAUUUCCCCUUAGCCCCUGCUUCAACUGAAAGUGGCCAUUGACCUUUCAAGCUUUUGACAAGUGAUGCAAUAGAAUAGUAUUUCAAAGAAAAAUGGUUAUCGAAAUUUUGGAUCCGGUUUUCCCGUGAGUGUUAAUGGUUUUCAAAAAAAGUAGGUCACAUUUAAAGUAGGUCACAUUUUGGAGACGGGCAUGCAGGCAAGGAGCUGAGUUCCAACUGAGGCCAGGUGGCCUCCAACCGGGUGGGAGGAGGUGAGGGUCUCCGCGCAGGGAAGUGACGGGAUCUUUCCGAAUUCCCAGUCCCUGGGCGCCAGGCCUGCGGGAAAUCGCCGAGACAAGAGCUCUCGGGACUGCAGGCACCGAGGCCGGCCGCCCAGCACCACCGGGGCGCGCAGGUAAGGGCGCCCCCCUCAGCAGUCAGUGCAGGCAAACUGUGGGUGACCGCGCCUGCAGGGGACUUUGCCAUUCGUCCACUGGAACCUGGGGAGGAAGAACCAGAAGCACCCCAUCCCCUCCCUCUCCACCAUUUCGGAUACCCCGCAGGGACUCGUUUUUGGGUUCGCACUGACUUCCAAGAAGGACGCGUGCCCCGCUCUGACCCCAUCGCGGGUGGCCACCUGUCUUUGCCGCGGUGACCCCUCUCCCAUGACCCUGCGGUGCCUCGAGCCCUCCGGGAAUGGCGCGGAAGGGACGCAGAGCCAAUGGGGGACCGCGGGGUCCGCGGAGGAGUCGUCCCCGGAGGCGGCGCAUUUGGCGAAGGCCCUACGGGAGCUCAGUCAAACAGGUUGGUACUGGGGAAGUAUGACUGUUAAUGAAGCCAAAGAAAAAUUAAAAGAGGCACCAGAAGGAACUUUCUUGAUUAGAGAUAGCUCGCAUUCAGACUACCUACUAACAAUAUCUGUUAAGACAUCAGCUGGACCAACUAAUCUGCGAAUCGAAUACCAAGAUGGGAAAUUCAGAUUGGACUCUAUCAUAUGUGUCAAGUCCAAGCUUAAACAAUUUGACAGUGUGGUUCAUCUGAUCGACUACUAUGUUCAGAUGUGCAAGGAUAAGCGGACGGGCCCAGAAGCCCCCCGGAACGGCACCGUUCACCUUUACCUGACCAAACCGCUCUACACAUCAGCGCCACCUCUGCAGCAUCUCUGUAGACUCACCAUUAACAAAUGUACCGGUACCAUCUGGGGACUGCCUUUACCAACAAGACUAAAAGAUUACUUGGAAGAAUAUAAAUUCCAGGUAUAAGUGUUUCUCUUUUUCUAACCAUGCCUCGUAUAGAGUCUCUCCGAAUGCAGCUAUGUCAAAGAGAACCAAAACUUGAGUGACUGCUCUGGAUAACUACUCGGGAUUCUAAAAACAGCUGAAGUCAAUCUAAUUUAAACCUGUGCCGAGGUAGCUAGCUAUUUAAAGUUCCCCCAAAUAUUUUCACCUGAGAGUGAUGCUUACCUUCCUAAGGCUGACCAAGACCCGUUAAUCCUAAAUUAAAAACCAAAUGUCCCAAGGAAAGGCUGAAAGGAACAUUUUAUCAGAAUGCCUUUGCCUUUCUGAGGUUCCUCCUUAUUAGGUCAAAGGUCCACGCCCCGGUAGUAGGGGGAGAACUGGAUGCAGGAGUACAGAAGGAGUGGAGGAACCCAACUGACAGCGGGCUUAGCUUCAAUUUUAGAUGCCUGGCGGUCAGAGUCCCCUCUAGGCCAUUUUCUCUUUUUGCAUUCUUGAUGUACCUAGGAGUUUUGUUAAACAGAUAAGCUUGUGAGUAUUUAUCCUUCAUUUAUGCAAUUAACCAAAUCAACCAAAAAGGUGACCACGAAAUCCUGUAUAUGACUUUUUACUACACGUAUGAACUCUCUCAUGUGAAUGAGUACUGUAGUAAUCCAUUUUAAGGGAGCCUUAUCUCAGAACUAUUUCAAACUGGUGCACACGGAAAAGACUUUGUCUUUUCCUUUAAGGCUAAAGACAAGAAUGUCAUGCUCUACAGGUGCAACUCAAUCCCUGUUAAUAAAACCAUGUAGAUACAGACAUUUGAUCCUUUCAAGUAGCUGUGUCCCAACCUGUUGCCAUUGACUUUUUGGAAAUGGCUGUAGAAAUUAACAAGUUGUCCUUAAAUUGUCUAACCAUGGACAUCAGCAGUUGUCUCCCUUCUACCAUGUAGAAUACUUUGACUUAAUUCUCUUCCAGAUAUAGGGGGAUACCUUCCUGUUUUUUCAAAGUGUUUAUUUACUGCUGUUACUAUUUGACUAGAAUGUAUUAAAUAAAAAAAACUUGACUUUUACAAGUUGCACUUAUUACUUUGAAUUGUAGAGAACGGACACAUUCAUGGUAAUAGACAGUUGCCAUAAAAACUCAUGUCACGUGAAAUCAGCCAAAUAUUCAGCAAGUGGUAGAACAUGACUUACCCUUCUCUAAAGUUAUGGGCCACAUUAGCCCUUUGCGUUUUGGAAAGCAUGGUUUCGACAGGACAAGUAUUGUCCAGUGGCCUGGUCUUUUACACAUUGAAUAGGCAUCACACUAAUGCCCUGGGUGCUUCCAAAAACAUGGUUUAGAAACUUACAAAGAUUGUACACAUCCUGGUCUUUUGUGGGUUGAG